AUGGCAACAUCAAGUAAUGAGCUACUCUGUACUACAUGCGAAAAAGUAAAAGCAACAUUAAAAUGUGCAGGAUGGUCACAAGAUUAUUGUUAUGAUCAUUUGCGAGACCAUCGACAAGAAUUAAAUGUACAAUUAGAUCAUAUUGGAAAUAAUUAUAAUCAUUUUCGACAACUAUUUAAUGAAUAUAUAAAUAAUUC